CCACGUUUGUUGUUCUCGAGUCUCGAGCCGGCUUCAGAACCUGAAAGUGCAAAAGUUGGAAAAUUGCAGAUAAAAUGUUUUGCAAAAUUAACUAAGAUUGUUAAUUUCUGCUCAUAUAAAUCGUUCUUCAGUAAAAAAACUUUCCAAUCCGUCUAGAAAAAAGAGAUGUCGGACGAAAGUUCCGUGGCAGUGGAAAAAGUCAGCAGUCCGGCCAGAGAAAUUAAGUCGGAAAAUGGAAACUCUACGGAGCACAAGGAGGAGACGCCGAUGGACGAAGACUCGACGAGCAACAACCCGAAGCUGCGAUCCACCCUGUCCGAAGAGCAGAAAAGCAAGCUGGACAGUGACGUGCUCGCCGUCUGGACGGAGCAAAACGUCUACGUGGACAACCUCGAGUUGCAAGUGACCAACAAAGACAAUGAAAUCAGAAAGCUGCAGGAUGUUUUGUCACUGGUGAGGAAGCAGCUGUCCGACUCGCAGCACCGCCAAAGGGUGCUGGCCUACAAUUUGAGCAACAAAAACCAGGAGCUGAACGAAGUCCAGUCUCAGUUGAGCACGAUGCUGCAAGCGCAAGUGCCGACAAUCGCAGCCGUCCGCAAUGCCAUGUACGACCCAGUGGUGAGCACCGUUGUCCAGAAGCUGAGGGAGGAGCUCUCGGCGACCAAAACCAAACUGGAGGAGACGCAGAAUGAGCUCAGUGCGUGGAAAUUCACCCCGGACAGCAACACGGGCAAGAGGCUGAUGGCCAAGUGUCGGCUGCUGUACCAAGAAAACGAAGAGCUGGGAAAAGUCAUUAGCAGCGGCCGAAUCGCAAAACUCGAAGGGGAACUGGCCCUGCAGAAGAGUUUCAGUGACGAAGUCAAGAAAUCUCAAUCUGAAUUGGACGAAUUUCUGCAAGAGCUGGACGAAGACGUGGAGGGAAUGCAGGGCACUAUUUACUUUUUGCAGCAGCAGUUGAAAACUGCCAAAGAAGCGGUGGCAAAUUUGACGCAGGAAAACAAUUCUCUCAAAAAGUCCAUCAAUCAGCAGCAGGAUGAGUCGAAGAAUACCGACAGCAGAGGAGUUUGGGAUUCGGAAGACGGAACUCGAGACUCAGCGUCACAAGCCGAAAGGGAGUCUGUUAAAGAAGAAAAUGAUGAUACAAUAGACGAGGCGCAGAAAGAGACGACCGAAGAGAGCAACGACGAGCCGGCCGAAAAGAAAAUAAAAACUGGAGGUUGCGACGAGGACAGCAUGGAAUGAAACUCUAGAUUUUUCUCUAAUUCUAAUUUACUUUAAUAAAGUUAGUCAAAUGAUAUCAAAACAUCUUUUCAAA